CGAGAAGCGUUGCCGGCGGAACUUGUCUCUGUCAUUGAUCAGGAACUGAAAACGCUUCGAACAACAUCAAGAGCAGUGCAUUCUCUGAGCUCAAUCCUUGAUGCUGAGCUUGCAAUUCUUGAUCGGGUAUACUAUAAGGGCAACUCUCAGCACCGGAGCGGGAUUUUCUGGAAGCGAGCUGCCGAGAUUCGACGACUUGCCAGACGUGUUCACAAUGCAAAACUCGGAGGGCUGAUUGAUGCCUUCCGUGAAUUAUUCUUCUUCGAUCCUAAGUGA